UUCGGUCUGCGCGCAGGCAUUUUCUGCGCGUUUGCCCCGUGCUGUCGCGCGAGUCUCGUGAGCGUCGCCGGCCGCGUUAGGGGGCGCCUGGGUUGCGUCACUGUCGCGCGGGCGGCGUCGGCCUGGCUCCCCUCGCCCUCCGCCCCCAACCAGUCCUCAGAGCCCUCUGUCCCGCGUCCCCGGCCCGUCCUCCUCGGGGUCCCCACCUCCCCGUCCCGGCCUUGGCCCCGGCCCGACCCCUCCCCAGGCCCCCGGCGGGAUGGGGGACAACACCAGCCCCAUCAGCGUGAUUCUGGUGAGCUCGGGGAGCCGGGGCAAUAAGCUGCUGUUCAGGUACCCCUUCCAGAGGAGCCAGGAGCACCCGGCGUCCCAGACAAGUAAGCCUCGUAGCAGAUACGCUGUCAACAGCACCAGAGAGCAUGCCGAGGACCAGGACGGCGACUCCAGGUUUUCAGAUGUCAUUCUGGCAACAAUUUUGGCAACCAAGUCUGAAAUGUGUGGGCAGAAGUUUGAACUGAAGAUCGAUAACGUGCGUUUUGUUGGGCACCCGACGCUGCUGCAGCACGCGCUGGGCCAGGUCUCCAAAACAGAUCCAUCCCCGAAGAGGGAGGCUCCCACCAUGAUUCUUUUUAACGUGGUAUUUGCACUGAGGGCCAACGCUGACCCAUCGGUGAUAAACUGUCUGCACAACCUCUCCCGCCGCAUUGCCACCGUGCUGCAGCACGAGGAGCGCCGCUGCCAGUACCUCACGCGGGAGGCCAAGCUGAUCCUGGCGCUGCAGGACGAGGUGUCUGCCAUGGCCGACGCAAAUGAUGGGCCUCAGUCCCCGUUCCAUCACAUCCUGCCCAAGUGCAAGCUGGCCAGGGACCUCAAGGACGCUUACGACAGCCUGUGCACAUCUGGCGUGGUGCGGCUCCACGUCAACAGCUGGCUGGAGGUGAGCUUCUGCUUGCCCCAUAAGAUCCACUACGCAGCCACGAGCCUCAUCCCCCCCGAGGCCAUCGAGCGGAGCCUGAAGGCCAUCCGCCCGUACCACGCCCUGCUGCUGCUCAGCGACGAGAAGUCCCUGCUGGGCGAGCUCCCGAUCGACUGCUCCCCAGCCCUGGUGCGUGUGAUCAAGACCACGUCUGCUGUGAAGAACCUGCAGCAGCUGGCCCAGGACGCAGACCUGGCCUUGCUGCAGGUUUUCCAGCUUGCGGCGCACCUGGUGUACUGGGGCAAGGCCAUCAUCGUCUACCCACUGUGUGAGAACAACGUCUACAUGCUUUCUCCCAACGCCAGUGUGUGUCUGUACUCUCCGCUGGCUGAGCAGUUCUCACGCCAGUUUCCAUCUCACGACCUGCCAUCUGUCCUCGCUAAGUUCUCCUUGCCAGUCUCCUUGUCAGAAUUUAGGAACCCCUUGGCCCCCGCUGUGCAGGAGACGCAGCUCAUCCAGAUGGUGGUGUGGAUGCUGCAGCACAGGCUCCUGGUCCAGCUGCACACCUACGUUUGCCUGAUGGCCUCGCCCAGUGAGGACGAGCCCCGCCCCCGGGAGGAUGACGUGCCCCUCACCACCAGGGUUGGUGGCCGCAGCCUCAGCACGCCCAACGCCCUCAGCUUUGGCUCCCCAACCAGCAGUGAUGACAUGACCCUCACCAGCCCCAGCAUGGACAACUCCAGUGCAGAGCUGCUCCCCAGUGGGGACUCGCCACUCAACAGGAGGAUGACGGAGAACCUGCUGGCCAGCCUGUCCGAGCAUGAACGGGCAGCCAUCCUCAGCGUGCCCGCGGCACAGAACCCCGAGGACCUCCGCAUGUUUGCCAGGCUCCUGCACUACUUCCGCGGCCGCCACCACCUGGAGGAGAUCAUGUACAACGAGAACACGCGGCGCUCCCAGCUGCUCGCCCUCGUGGACAAGUUCCGCAGUGUCCUGGUGGUGACCACCCACGAGGAUCCGGUCAUCACUGUCUUCCAGGCCCUGCUCACCUGAGCUGGGGCACCGGAAGGAGCCUCCCCCACCCCAGGCUCCUUCCCUCCCCACGGGGCCCCUGCUCUCCACAUCCUCACCCGCCUCCGGUCCUGGAAACAGCCUCAGGGGCUCUGAGCUGAGAAGGUGAGGCUCGAGCUGGGAGAGCGUCCAGGACUCUUGCCUCUGAGUGAGGCUUGCAGGCUGCCCACACCAACUCAGCCCGUGUUUCUCUCAGAGCCCCUCCCCGCCUCCCGUGUUCCCCAGGCCUGGGCCGUCCAGAGCUUCAGGUCCGAGGGCCUGGCCUGGACUGUAUGGCCAGCACCGGCCACCUGCAGGCACCCUUCCCCCCAGCUUGCCGGUGCCUGGCCCAGCCCCUCCCCCCACCACAGUCCUGUGUUAGCCACCAGGAGGCCAUGGCCAAGUGGUCACCCCCGUGCCAUCUGAGGCACGAGGACCUGGGCUAAUGGUGUCCUGUAGCUGUCUUAGCUUUCCCUUGGAGGCGGGGGGGGGGGGGUGUCUGGUGCACCGGUGCUCCCCACACACGGUUGCCUCAGGCCUGAGGAGGAAGUCUGCCUGCUGGCCCCGGGUCCUCCCACAGAGACGAGCUGGCCACCGAUGGGGACUCUGGGCAAGACACAAGUGACACUGUUUUCUAUAAACACAGCAUUUAUUUCAUUUUUAAACAAUUAAAAAUCCUCAUCCCGGC